CGGACCAACUUGAAAGAGAAUUUGCAGAGACCUCAGAUUUAGAGAGAGAGAGAGAGAGGGAAACACACACCUAUAUAUACACACACAUACAUAUAGAGCGAGAGAGAAAAACAGAGAGAGAGAGAGAGAGAGUUUUAUAAGAGAGAAAGGGUGAGAAAACAUGCCUGGCAGCUUGGAGCCGUUGGACGUGGGGGUUCAGAUCCCAUACUACUUCAGGUGUCCGAUCUCGCUCGAGCUCAUGCGCGACCCUGUAACCGUGAGCACCGGUCAGACCUACGACCGAACCAGUAUCGAGUCCUGGGUCGCCACCGGCAAUACCACGUGUCCGGUCACCCGAGCCCCGCUUACCGACUUCACUCUGAUUCCGAACCACACCCUUCGAAGGCUCAUCCAGGAAUGGUGCGUGGCGAACCGGUCGUUCGGCGUGGAACGCAUUCCUACUCCGAAGCAACCCGCCGAUCCAGCCAUGGUUCGGACUCUCCUGAGUCAAGCCUCGUCGGUGUCGAUUCCGAAGCAUUCGCGGCUAUCGGCGCUUCGACGGCUCAGAGGACUCGCUCGUGACUCGGAGAAGAAUCGGUCCGUGAUCUCUGCGAACAACGCGCGUGAAGUCCUCCUAGCUAUCGUCUUCUCGAAUACAGAUUCCGACUCGUGCGAGUUGAAUCACGAGGCGCUCGCGGUUCUCGCGAUGUUUCCGCUUUCUGAAUCGGAGUGCGCGUUCGUGUAUUCUGAUCCGGAGCGAAUCACAUACCUCGUGUCUCUUCUCUUCCAUUCCUCGAUUGAAGUCCGCGUUAACUCAGCUGCACUCAUCGAGAUCGUCCUCGCCGGAACGAGAUCGCCGGAAAUCCGAGCUCAAAUCAGCAAUGGCGAUGAAAUUUUCGAAGGAAUAGUCGGAAUCCUCAACUGUCCUCUAGCAUAUCCUCGAGCACUGAAAGUCGGAAUCAAAGCGUUGUUCGCUUUAUGCCUUGGGAAGCAACACCGCCACAAGGCGGUGGCCGCGGGAGCGGUGGAGGCGCUGAUGGACAGGUUGCCGGAUUUUGAGAAAUGCGACGCCGAGAGAGCGCUGGCGACGGUGGAGCUCCUCUGCCGGAUUCAAUCCGGAUGCGCAGCGUUUGCUGCACACGCGCUCACCGUGCCGCUCCUCGUGAAGAUUAUACUGAAGAUAUCGGAUCGAGCGACGGAGUACGCGGCCGGAGCUCUGUUGUCGCUGUGCUCGGCGGAGGAGCAGUGCCAGAGAGAGGCGGUGGCGGCGGGCGUGUUGACUCAGUUGCUGCUGCUGGUUCAGAGCGAUUGCACGGAGAGAGCGAAGAGAAAAGCGCAGAUGUUGUUGAAACUGCUUCGGGAUUCGUGGCCCGAUGAUUCCAUUGCCAAUUCGGAUGAUUUCGCUUGCAGCGACGUCGUCCCCUUUUGAUUUUUUUUUUUCUUUUCUUUUCUUUGUUUUUAGGGUGGGGGGAAUUCCUAAUCUCGUCUCUAUUUUUGUAAUUUUCAUGUUGGGAAAAAAAAAUGAAAAAGAAAAAAUUAGGUUCUAGAUUGAUACAGAGAGGGAGAGAGAGAGAGAGAGAAUUGUAUUUGUGUAUGUAUUUUUGUAUGUACGAAUUUUUGUUAAAAAAGAAGAUUUUUCCGAGAAAAAGUUCUUGUUUU